GAGAAAACACACCAGCUGAAUCGUAUGGAUUACUGCGAUUUUCCUCAUCCAUCGUAUGAUAUUGAAAAUUGUCUUACAAUAACAUUCGCUGUAAAAUAGAAAACAAAUUACGAAAAAAGUUUUAUCAGUUUUGAACGAUAAACUCGUCGUAUACACAACUCGACAUGGAUGAAAAAAAUCCGUUACUUCAAAACAAAAAAACAGUUUUAGAAAGGGAAAAAAUUUCUUAUCCGAAAGCCAUUUUCUUUAUUCUGAUACUAUUAUUUGGAGAAUCGUUGUUCUUUUCUAGUUUACAAAAUACUUUUAUUUUAUAUUUCACUGAAGAACUUUUAUACAGCGAUAACACAGGAACUAAUAUAUAUCAUGGAUUCACUAUGACUAUCUAUUUUUUCUGCUUAGUUGGUGCAAUAGUGGCUGACAGUGUUUUAGGAAAAUUCAGAACAUUACUAUAUUCAAGCAUUUUAACUGUAAUUGGAUGCGUAAUCAUUUCCUUGUCUUCUGUGCCAAAUUUUCUUCCAAUGAGAUCUAUAACCAUGGUUAGUUUAGUUGUGAUAGUCAUUGGAAUAGGAGGAACAAAACCCUGUCUAUCAUCUUUCGGAGGAGAUCAAUUUAAACCCAAUCAGAAAACUGAAUUACAAAGGUACUUCUCCUUUCAUGUUAUGAUCUAUAAAACGGGAACGCUAAUGUCAUCCUUUAUAAUUCCUAUAUUAAGAGCCAAAGUUCAUUGUUUUGGAGAAUCGACUUGUUAUCCUUUAGCCUUUGGAUUUAAUUCGAUUAUAUUAAUAUUGACAUUAGUUAUUUUUAUUUUCGGACAUCCAAGUUACAAAAUUAAUCCUCCCUCUAAAAACGUACUAUUUGAAGGAUUUAAAUGUACAAUACACGCUAUCAUAAGAAAGAUUAAACUGAGGAAAGUUGUAACCAAGAAGGAUUGGUUGGAUUAUGCGGAUGAUAAAUUUGAUAGGCAAUUAAUCUACGAUAUAAAAAGACUAUUUCGAAUUAUAUCGGUAUUUCUAUUUCUACCGAUGAUUUCUGCUGUUCACUAUUUAAGAUUUUCCAGUUUUAUAUUGCAAGCGACCAAGCUAGACAAUAGAGUUCUAGGAUUUAAGAUUGAAGCAGAUCAACUUCAAGUCAUAGUUGCUGUUCUAGGAAUUUUAUAUAUCCCUAUUUUUGAGUACAUCGUAUAUCCCAUUUUCAAUAAAUGUAACUUGUUAACAAGAUCGUUGCAGAAAAUCGUUGUUGGUUGUAUAUUAAUAACGUUAUCGUGUAUUCUAGCCGCAUUUCUACAGUUGUCAUUAGAGAAACAUCACUCAAACUGUGACGACAUAUAUCGCUUUACUAUUGUAAAUUACACGCCGUGUGACGUAAAUAUAGACAUUCCUAUCAAUUCAUUAGUAAUGGAGGAUUAUCAGAUCAAAACAAAAGUUGCCGAAAAUGAAUCUGUUCAUGGAUUAAAUCUAGCAGUUACAAAGUGUAGUCUCUCGAACGAGGAAAUAAAUUAUAAUAUUGCAAAUAACAAACCCUUAGAAACAACCGUUAUUUUAAGCAUACACAGAACUAAUUCAACUAUAAAGGAAAACGAGAUUUUGCAAGCAUUUUCAACCAAAAUUAAUUACGACUCGAAUGUAGAUAAUCGCCGCAAUGCAACUAACACAGAUAGUGACAUAAUAAACAUUGCUAUUGGGAGUGGAGACAUUUACAAAUUAACAGCAUAUGCAGAUCAAAAUGGAAAAUUAGAUUGGAAACAGGAGAAUAAAUCUAAAUGCAACUCUUUAUCCAUUUUGCUUCAAAUUCCUCAAUAUAUUAUAAUUGCAGCAGGAGACACGAUAUUUUUCAUUACCAUACAGGAAUUUGCAUAUAGUGAAGCACCACAGAGUAUGAAAUCUAUUCUUCAGUCCUUCUUUUGGUUUCAAUCAGCUUUUGGAAAUUUCAUAAUUCUCAUUAUUCAGCAGAUGAAUUUCGUAGAAGAGUCUCAUAAAUUAUUCUUUUAUAUUGGACUGGCCGUGUUAGAUAUUAUGGUUUUGAUACUUGUAACUUAUAAAUAUAAAUAUAGAAACGAUGUUAUACGAUCUGAAACUCCAUCAACAAAGAAGCAGAUUCUUUCAAAUGGAAAUUAAUAAUCUGACACCCAAGAUGGACGAAAAAUAAUGAAGCAGAUCUAUAUAUAUAUAUUCUGAAAGAUAAUUAUUUUUACUGUGCUGAUGCAAAAUUAAUACGUUAUUUAUUAUGUAAAGAUUUUACGAGUUGUUAUUGUAUGCUCUACAUAUUAUUUAUUGAAUAUAUAAUUAGAAGUAAUUUAUAAAGUUUUUACGUUAUUUAUUUUGUUUGUUUGUUUGUUUGUAUAACACAACGUGACACGUGAGAGAUUUGCGAGGCAGGUUUCUUCUGGGAGGACUUUCUGCUGAUA